UUUGUGUUCAUACAAAUUCAUAGUAAACAUUGAAUCCGUUAAACAUUUUAGUUGUCCAACAACAAAACUUAUGAAAAAAGCCUCAAGAGGAUUUACGAAUGACAUUAGCACUCCCUGGUGGACGUUUUGUAACUGCAGCAGCAUUACCUCGCAUCAGCCCUUCGACCGACUUUUAUUUCUGUGAACUUCGUUCCCGGCGUGAUGACGCAGGAAGUCUCCCGGCAUGCCCCGCUGCAGCGCCUACCCACGGUGAAGAGGUGAAACUGCACCCUCUGACCCACAUGUGGCCGGACGGCUUUAAAUCUACAGCUAAUACACGCGCGAGCUCUCAUGAAAGUGCACGAAAAGUGCGUGUUUUUGCGCUGAGGAGCGUGACGUGUGUUUUUAUAUGACCUGAGGCCCGUGGCGGAAAGCGCGCGGAGUGAAUCUGGGCUCAGAGCAGCUGUGACCCGGGGCCAAAGAUGCGAGAGGGGCCAGGAAAGGAUGGACAGAGUUCGGAGGAUGAGGCAGCCCAGCGCUGUCCUAUAUGUCUGAACCGACCCAGACGGGCAGAUAGAGCGGUACCAGACUGCUGCACACAUGUCUAUUGCUCUGCCUGUAUUCUUCGCUGGGCGCAGAUGGUUCAGUCCUGCCCAGUGGAUCGCAGACCCUUCAGUGUGAUCUACCUGCAGGGCUUCUCGCAGCACUGCAUUAAGCUUCCUGUGAAAGUGUCCAAGCUGUCAGAGCCGCACGUGUGCAGUCGUCAAGAUGCUCAGAGGAUGUGUCAUAUCUCUGUGGACGAGACGGAAGAAACCAAGAGAAUGGAAGAGAAAAGAGUUGAUGGCAAACAGAAACGCCACAUUCGAAAACGUGACUCUGACAAAUUUGUGCAUAAAAACAGAAAGAUGAGCGGAGACUCCUGCCGCGCUCUUCUGCGCUCUCAGCAUGUUCACUCAUCACUGCCCAGCCCCCAGGGGGUGUCGGUCGGUACUGUGACUCAUAUCAUAACUGAAUCUGUUGAGGUUUGUGAGGAGUUGCCGGAUGACGUCCAGUGGAGCAGAUUAGAGCGGAAACCGCGGUGGUUACCAGCCUUUGCACCUGCCAUCUCUACAGGUGUUCUGAGAGGGUCCCUGCAAUCACACCUGCUCCUGUCAGCUGUCUCUUCGUCUCUCAGUCUUCUGCUCUCAGAACAUUCAGUUCUUUAUGGCAGAGUUUGUGCAGUCACAUGUCCCAAAGGUGGGGAGAGAAAGGGAACCAGAGGUUCAAAGAGCUCUGCAAAGCCAACAGAAGCUGUCGCGACAAGACGCUCCUCUCGGCACACUCGCACAGAAUCUGAGGAUACUGCAGGCGAACAGUCCCAGGCCACAGAUUCAGAUGCGUCCUCUUCCACCAACCAUUCAACAACACCGCAAACAGCAAACGAUAGCCAUGCUUCUACAAGCAGAGACCAGCAAGGAAACAAUCAGAGGACAAAGAAAAGAGGUCGUGCAAAAAAAACCUCUCCGGUGGAAAGACAUGAGGAGGAGGAGGAGGAACAGGAAGCAGAGCCUGAGAAUCAUGAUGAGGAAGCAGUAUCAAAGAAAGAAGAAUCAGAGGAAACGGAAGGAGACCAGGAACCAAAAGAAGCUCAGAGAUCUCAUCAUGCCGACAGUGACCCCCAACCAACAGAUCCAGAGCAGAAGAUCGAGGAGGAGAAUGAGAAGAGUUCCGAUGAGCAUGGGAAGAGUUCCGAUGAGGAUGAGAAGAGUUCUGAUGAGCAUGGGAAGAGUUCUGAUGAGCAUGGGAAGAGUUCUGAUGAGCAUGCGAAGAGUUCUGAUGAGCAUGGGAAGAGUUCUGAUGAGCAUGCGAAGAGUUCUGAUGAGCAUGGGAAGAGUUCUGAUGAGCAUGAGAAGAGUUCUGAUGAGCAUGCGAAGAGUUCUGAUGAGCAUGAGAAGAGUUCUGAUGAGCAUGAAAAUAGUUCUGAUGAGAAUGAGAAGAGCUCCGAUGAGAAUGAACAGAUUUCCCCUGAUGUUAAUCAACAUGAAGAAGAAACAAACACAUCUGAGGAAGAGGUCAGUAUGAAUUCUGAUGAACAUGAAGACAAUCAAUCACUUUCACAUGGUGACAUGUUGGAAAACAAACCAAUAGUGGGAAAAUGUGAUGAAAACCAAGAAGAACCAUUGAAUGUUUCCCCAGUAAAGGAAGACGGUGUACCUCUUUCCUGUGUGGAGCCCAAGUCUGCUUGUCAAAAUGAUGAAUCUGUCAGUGUGGAACCAACAGCUGAGCUUUCAUCUGACACUUCAAACAUCAUCACUGAACUCAAACACAAGUUUGACAUCUCAACAGAGAAAACUGAUGCCGAUCUCAAGCAGGAGUCCUCCAGUGUUCCACCUGUUGAGGAUCAGAGCACCUAUCCAUCAGAUCAACAGCUCCCAUUGGACACCAAGGCAAGUAGCCCUCAAGACAACACUGACCUCAUUCCCAUGGAGUGUGAUUCACCUCCGUCUGAGACUGAAGUCAAUGCUGCAGGUGAGAAAGAUGCUAACGUUCCUCAAAUAACCAGUCAAGGCCCUACACCUGACCCCAAAACUGAUUCCUGUAAAGACCUAAAAGAUUCAGACAAAAAGGAGGGACGAGCACGCAGGUCUCGAUUUCACUCAUCUACGACAACCUGGUCUCCCAGCAGGGAGUCUAGAAACGAAGGGUCGCACAGGUCAAGAUCUCGAGACCGAAGCAGCAAGACCCGAUCCACGUCGAGUAGCCGCGAGCAACGAGAAGAUGAGCAAGACUGUAAGCGCAACCACAGUCGUAGCAGAGAACGCAGUCGUAGCAGAGAACGCAGUCGUAGCAGAGAACGCAGUCGUAGCAGAGAACGCAGUCGUAGUAAAGAGCGCAGUCGUAGUAAAGAGCGCAGUCGUAGUAAAGAGCGCAGUCGUAGUAAAGAGCGCAGUCGUAGUAAAGAACGCAGUCGUAGUAAAGAGCGCAGUCGUAAGCAACGCAGCCGUUCAAGAUCUAAAACCAGAAACCAGGGCAACUGCAGGAGCCCAUCUCAGGAGCGCUUGGACAACACUGUGCACUCCCCUCACAAGAGAGAAUCAUGGGGUGGGGACGGAUGGCGGAGCAGAGGAGGUGGGAGAGGUUUUCGCAAUUCCAACUGGAGAAACGAAUCCGAGAAGCCCAGUAAUUUCUCAGCGAGAGAAUCCAUCUCUUCUAACAACGGUAACUUCAACGAGGCGUCGCCGGACCGGGGCAGGAGUGAGAACCCAGAUUGGGUGAGGGAGAGGGAGAGGACUUUUGCGGAUGCUGAUACAAGAGGGCGUGAGGCGAGACGAGAAGAAAACACAAGCGAUCCUCCUGCAGAGUCCUAUUCAAGAGGUGGCUGGAACAUGGAUCAGGGGCAGCGUUCUGCCGGGCGUGGCAGAGGUGCACACUGGUCAUCCAGCCAGAAGGGGGAUCCCGCAGAUAAUUGGAGGCAACGUAAUUCUUUCUCAGGGACAUCUAAUAACAUAGAUUCAUACAGUCGCUUUAAUGAGAACCGAGCCGGAGUGAAGAGGAAAGAGCCUGAGGGCUCUGACAUGGCGAUGGAUCGUUCAGGGUGGUCUUCGGCAUCGAGCUGGGCCGUGCGUCGUACUCUUCCUGCUGAUGUGCAGAGCUACUACUCACGCAGGGACAGAGGGGGCGCCAGCAACGUCUGGAACAAAAAAGAGGAUGAGCAAAGUGCAUCAGGCCCCUCGAAACAAGCAGAUCCACCUCAGAAUCCGACAAACGCCCCCCUGCAAACUGAGGCUGUGCCCCAACCCCUGCCCACCCUGAUGCCCCCUCAGCUUGGCAUGCUGGGGGUCUUACGUUACCCCAUGCCAUCUCUUUUACCCAGACCUCCAGUUCCCGGCCUUCAGCCUGCUCAGUUUAGCAUGCCACCACAAGUCCCAGUUCAUCUGCACCCGGCCGGACCUCUCCUUCAGGUCCAGUCCAUCGCUGUGCAGGGUCUGCCACCACCACCCCCACCACCUCCACCUGUGCAGCAGGGGGGAUUCACUGCUGUGCCCGCUGAAAACUACGCAUCUCAGGUGAUGCCUAAUUUCUCAGUCCCGGGCAAAGCUUCCUUCAAACCCAUGCCAACCAAAGCAGGUACAGCCGUGCCUCAACAUGCAGGGACCCUCAGUGUGGCUCAGCCAUCCUCCACCACCCCCCAGCCUUCAUCUCACAGCAAAGCCCAUCCUGAUAGUUCAAAGAAAGAGAAGAAGAUGCAGAUUCAGGAGCGUGCCAUCAAUGAGGUCAAAGCCGCAAUUAAGCCAUAUUAUCAAAGGAAUGAAAUAAACAAGGAGGAAUAUAAGGAGAUUGUACGCAAAGCGGUGGAAAAGGUGUGUCACAGCAAGAGCGGAGAUGUGAAUGCAGAUAAGGUGGCCAACCUGGUGAAGGCGUAUGUGGACAAAUACAAACGCAUUCGCAAAAGCAAAUCAGAGAAGAGCUAAAACUCGCUGCUCUGCGGAAUGCACAAGUGCAAUUUCAGGUGUCACUGACUGGAUCUCUUAACAUAUUUACAUAACCAGAAUGAAGAUUUUUCUAGAGAUUACAUAUUUUGUUUAAUUUGGAUUUGAUAUAGUGCAAAUGCCCUUUAUUGGAUUGUGUCUCAUAGGUGUGUGUGUGGGGGGGCUGUAAAAUGGGGAGGGUUAAGGGUUUGUUAUGGUGUUCCUUUAAUUUCAAUUUCCCUUUAAGUUUAAAGUAGCAAAGAGAACGAGUAAUCAAAGCAAAUGAUUAAGUGGUACUACUGGACCUGCCCUCUCUCUCUUUCUCCCCCUCUGUCUCUUUCUUACUCUCUUUUUUCUCAGUAGUCAUCCUAUUGACAUAAUGAGAUGAUUUUCUCUUUAGAAGCAUCAAAUGAAUCUGGAAUAUAUGUGCGUUAGCUAUAUUAUUCCCUGCAGAUAGCUGAAUGUGUGUAUUUGAGUGUGUGUGUGAUUAAUUCAUAACCCUGCGUGAAAAAACACGGGUAGUUUGUCUCUGAGCUAAGCAGAUUUUUUGUCAUAUGCAGGUUGAAGUCUUUAAUCUGUUCAUGCAGUUGAAUCACUGUGUAUGUUUACCCUCCUUAAAUAAACCAGCUUCUGUAUACGG